CUUAACAGUCUACUGUCCACCGGGAAGUCACAGUUGCAUCAAGUAGGCUUUCGAACCGCAAGAGUCUGUCGAUAGACUCUGAGUAGAAAAAGACUAAAUUAAACCUGGUGAUCAGUCGUACUUGAAGCAAUCGAGUUCUACGAGUCAAUCAAUCGAAAAAACAUCCACUUUCUUCAAUAAUCUACUUAUUCGUAAUUGAGUUAAAUCUUCAUCACAUAAAUUGAUGGUAAAGAAUGGAUCGGCAGAGCAAAUUGCUCAACUUUUUUUCUGUUUACGUGAUUUGUUGCUUAUUUAACAUCGCGUUAGCAUCAAAAUGCCAUGGAUCAAAUCUAUGUUGUCCUGGUAUAAAUGGAAAUUGUCCAAUGGAAGGAACUUCUCUUAAAGCUAUUUAUCAAAACUCGACUGACAAACCUUGCUACUGUCAUCACACGUGUCUAAAAAUUGGCGAUUGUUGUAGUGGAUUUAAGGAAGCCUGCGAUGUUCGUGAUUGUGUUGUAUCAAAAUGGGGACCUUGGUCAGCUUGCAACAGCGAUUGUGGUCCAGGUGUGCAGAAAAGAUCUCGAGUAAUAGAAAGUGCUGCAGAAAAUGGAGGAAAACACUGUCCUCGGUUAAUCCAACAUAGAGGAUGUCAAGGGACAAAAUGUCACAAACGUAAUCCUAAAACUGCAUUAAAAGAAGUAGCACUUUUAUUAUCAGCUGAAUUGAGUGAGUGGCGCCAUAAAAAUGACUCAUACGACCUACGAGCAAAUUUACGGUUGCGAAAACAUCACUUGGGCCAUGUCGACAAUUCAGCAUAUGACAUUUCUAAAGAGUACUGCAUCACAUUCACCAUAAUGAAGGCAUCUCCAGAGUGCAUUAGGAAGUCAAGUCGUUCAGAACUCCUAGAAGGUUCACGCGUCUGCGUCCAAUGUCAAACAUCAGCUUUCAGACCAUUUCUUGAUUAUCGAUGUGAAGGUGAUGGUGGUGCUGAAGGCAUGAUUACAAGAUGGAGUUUAUUAUCAUCACCACAUUGCUAUGGCAAAUGGAUCCGUACUAAGAAGACUGGAUCCAAGUGUGAUGCAUCUCUUUGUCAACCAAAACCACAUUUUAUUUUCAUUUGAAUUUUAAAUUUGCAUAAACUAAUUAUCAUUUAAAGUAGAAAGUAAGUAGAAGAAAAACUUUUUGUACGACUAUUGUUUCAAUUUAAAUAUUAAAUA